GGGGCGAGUAACGGUGCCGUUUGCUCUCUUGGCUGAGUUCGUUUGUUUAUCCACGGACCUCUUUUCUUCUCUUUCUCUUGCCUUUUUUUUUUUGCUUUUUGAGGGGCGGUUGUGGUUGAUAUUUCGUACACGUCGGAACGGAAUUAAGUGCUUAUCCUCUCUCUAUACAUAUAUAUUAGUAGAGAAGGAGGAAGAGAAUGGGUAUACUCGCUCAUGCGAAGCGCAGGGCGACCGCGGAGGUCUUCCUCGCUGCCCUUCUUUCCCUCUUGCUUGUCGCCAGCCUGUCUGCCUCUGCCGCGCCGACGAAGGAGUCCCACCUGCACUGCAGCCCAACCGAGACGGAGCCCUACGGCUCCAUCAACUGCGUCAUCAACGUUCGCGACGGCUUCCAGGAGCCAACGAUGAGCUUUAACCCAGCGCAGUUUACGGUGGUGGCGCGGGCAUCCAACAACGCGGCUGUGGUCACGACGAGCGAGAUGGCGCGUGGCACCGACAUCACAACGGUCGUCUUCUCGCUCACCGCCUCGACCGGGACGGAUUUGUUCAUUCGCGUGUUCCUGCAAGACACCACCACGGCAGGCACGGGGACGGCCGUGGCGGAGAUCCGGGGCAGCGGCAUCACCGUGUCCAUCCUCUCAUGGCCUGCGUCGUUCAUGGGCGCGCUGACGUGUAACGCAACGUCGACCGGGCUGUCGCUGCGCGGCUCCACGCUGUGUCGAGCCCCCCUCUACGACAAUAAUAACGCCGCCUCGGUGCUGCACAGCUCUGAUGUGAUCUUUAGCGAGGCGAAUGUGCUCGGCAGCUUCUCCUUUGUCUCCGGCACCCGCGAGCUCGUCUUCCUCUUUACGGCGCCGGCCAGCACACCCGUAGUGGUGUCCACAUUUACCGUGAAGGUGCGCAUCCGCGGCCAAGACAUCGCGAAGAACCCCAACAGCGUCCAAAGCACUCAGCUCCCGCUGCUCUACCCACAAAUGAUGGCCCUGGCGGCGUACACAGGGGUGCGCUGCGCGACCGAGACACGGCCCAUCACGUGCUCCGUAACCGCCUCAGACGCGCAGGGCCCCGUCGCUUUCAACGCCUCACAAUUCUGCAUUCAAGUAGAGCGCUUAAUGGAUGGAAGUUCCAGCAGCGGAGGGACGCCAUACAAGUACUGGAUGGACACCACGCACACGCUGGCCUUGACGGUGCGCCGCUCCGACACGCGGCCGUGGGUCGGGGUGCUGCAGUGGGAGCCCAAAGUGAAGGAUUCGAUCUUCGAGGCUCGACUGCGGGUGCAGACCUCCGUCGACGGGACAGCGAUCGCCGGCAGCGGCAGCGGCAGUGGCAGCUGUCUCAACUCUAAAGCCGCCGACGUCGCUGGCAGCCCGUUUCCCUUCGUCAAUGGUGUCCUGCCCAACUCGCAGUCCGUCACGCUACGGGGCUGCCGCACCUCCGUCAUCGCGUCAGGCAACACGACUGUCUGCUUCAUCGACUUGGCGAACAACGUGGCGGGGGACUCGGCGUACUACAUCGUCUCUACGACGCACCGCCACUCCUCGGUGUCGAACUUCACCUACGUGGACAACGACGCGUUGUGUCAGUGCCGCUCUCUGUGGUUCACCUAUCACGCCCCAACCUCGCUCACCGCACGUGUGGACGACUGCGUCAACGUCACCGUCUACACCGAUUUUGCGCGGACUCCGGCGAGUGUGGUGACGGCGAUGAACGUGCCGUACCGUCUGAACGUCUUUCCAGUAGCCAGCGGCCCCGGUCACGACACCUCGCCGGGGUCGUCUGCCGCGGCCAUCGUAGUGGUGGGCAUCCUCUUCUACGGUGGCGUGCUUGGCGUGGGCACCUACCUAAUUGUGCGUCGCUCCCGCAAGGCAGCCCGCAUCCGCCUCGAGCGGGUACUAAAGGCCCGCAACGCAGCGGCCGAGAUGGCAAAGCGAGGCAGCAGCGGCAGCGGCGGCAAUGCAGGGGCAGGCGGUGACGGCGCUGGUGGGGUGGAUGGACUGGGCGGUGCACCAGCGCUGUCACCGCCUGCAGGGGCGACCGAUGUGACGCGCACCCCCGCCGGCGUACCCGCGGGGGCGGCGCAGGGGGAGGGAGCCUUAAGUCGCAGCAGCAGCAGCGCCGUGGUGCACUCCGCCCCCCUCAGUGCCUCUGCGCAUGGGCGCAGCGCACCGGACGUGGACGGUACGAUGUCGAGUCGCAACGCCGCCCCGCCGCCGACGGCGGUGGUGAGCAACGCGGCCGUAAUGCAGGAGCGGUUUCACUCCGACAGCGACUAG